AUGCCAACCACACCUCAGGAGCAGGUGGACAGCCUCAUUUUGAAGAUUGAGGAAAAUUGCAUGGAGGACUUAGACCAGCUCAGCCAGCUUCCAGAGAGUGCCUCUGCAAAGAGGCAAAAGCUCUUUGCACAGUCAAGAGGAUCAGCUGUCUCUGAGGAAAAAGUGAUGAAUGGAAUGAGAGAGGCCGAGGAGGCAGGAGCAACCUUCAAGGCCUAUGAGGCCAAGAUGAAACAGGAAAAUUCUACUGUGCAACCAAGUGGUACAUGUAACUUCCAGCCAAUUGUGGCUGGGCAGCUUGCCGGAACACCAGAGAAACGGACAGGAAGUCACCUUUAUUUAGCCCGCUGCUCGUUCUCAAUUGUGGCCGAACGCCGCUUGCUCUCCUUCUGUCGUCUCCAGGUGCCGCUUCAGAACCGGCGCGAUGGGCAAGAAGGGCAAGAAAGAGAAGAAGGGCCGCUGCGCGGAGAAGACGGCCGCCAAGAUGGAGAAGAAGGUGUCCAAGGCUCGUGGGAGGAGAAAGCUGUGGUGGUGCCCCAGAGCGGUGGACAGCUGUGGGUCUUUGGUGGGGAGUUUGCAUCUCCUGAUGGCGAGCAGUUCUACCAUUACAAGGACCUCUGGGUCCUGCACUUGGCCACCAAGACCUGGGAACAGAUUCGGGACUAUAUCUACUACAGUGAUGUGUACGCCUUCAGCCUGGAUACCUUCCAGUGGAGCAAGCUGUCCCCUUCAGGCCCUGGAUCCACACCCAGAUCAGGCUGCCUGAUGGUUGUCACACUCCAGGGCAGCAUUGCCAUCUAUGGGGGCUACUCAAAGCAGGUCAGACCCUCCACAUCUGGACCACUUCCUUGUUCCUGCCAGCCUGCUUUAGAGACUCAAGUGUUGUUUUUGAAUUCUGACUAUGGAACCUAAGAGACACACCCAAAUACACUCUCUGGUGAAUUACUUCUCCGCAACUCUAUCUUCACGUGUACCCUGCUCUGGCUGCAGCUCCAGCUUCCCCUCUUUCUUAAUAGCUUUUUCUCCCACUCCAUACUACCCAAGUUUCGCUCUGCACCACCCUAAAAAACAAGCUGCCUGUUUAUUCAAUGCUAUUUGUUGAGAAGGAUGACACACUUAGGCAUGAAUACCACCAGGACAGUCAAGAGAGUGUCUGUUCUCUUCAACAGUCUGUCUUUUACAGCAAAAUGUCCCCAAUUCUUUCUGUUCCACUGUUUCAACUUAGUUACUGGGAAGUCCUUACCGAUGACUUCUCCAGCAUUCUCUGGAAUGCUGUGAUCUUUCUUGGCAGCACACAAGUUGCUCUACUCUCAACCCCGUUCCUGGAGAAGUUUUUUUGAGUCAGUUCCCUUCUAGCCCAGGUGGAUAAGUUAGAUCAUAUCAGCCCCAUUCCCCAUGUCCGUAAGAGUACUGCUGACAGCUUUCCAGAACGGUGAGCAUUUUCCGCAAGCCCAAUCAGAGAGACUGAGAAAGCAGCAGGGCCUCUUACAAAACUGUGGAAAUGUGGUGCCCCGUGAAUAGAUCACAAUGAAAGGAUGGAUAAAUCAGGGCAAAAUGCUGUACAGAAAACACCUUUUGUUAGUUCUUAUACAGUUGUGUAACAUGACCUGGACAUUGGAUUUGAGCUCCUUGGUAGCCAAAAUAUAAAGCGAAGACAUGAUUUCUUCCUGAGAUUUUCACAGUCUGUAGAUUGGAAGCAAAAUCAUCUGUCGUUAGAAGUCUAGUUUUUCCUUACACCAAGAAUAGAAAGGAAUGUCUCCCUUGUGUCUUCAUCAGGAUUACUCUGUUGGAUGUAGUGGGAAAUAUUUUGAACAAAAAAAAUUAUAUUAAAAUUUGCUUGUGUGGCUAGGUCAUUCUAUAUUCACUGGAUAGCUUUUGGGAUGACUAUCUCUUCAAGGUUAGGCACCGUUGUUCAGUUCUUCCCAGUCUCCCAUGGCACCCAGAGGACUCUGCUGCACAUCCUAGGCUUUCAUCUCUGUAUUGCCUUACCUUUAAUUAGGUGUCUGCUGAAUCCCAGAUCUCAGCUCUCAUACCCCACUGUAUUUAAGCAGUAGCCUCUGACUUUAAAAAUUGCUGAUGGCUAACUGGGAGGGAAACUAAUUAGUGAGGAGAAUUGAAACAGGGCAGCUAAAGUUUAUGGGCAUUCUUACAGAGAUCUCUCUCUGGGAGUGAGAAUUACCAUAAAUCCCACGGGUGAACAAGAGCACUAGAUAUAAAAGCAGGAAAGUCAUGAGUCAGCAGAAAUCUCUGGCAGUUCAUGCACUUUGUUUUCUGGAAGACAAAAGGAGUUGCCAUCAAGUUUGUUUUAUGGGUCAGAGCCUCACCCUUUCCUCUCUGAGUUCUUUCUGCACACUGCCUUUCUGUAUAAGAGAGCUCACUGGGACCUUCCGGGCCAGGUCCAAAGAGCAGCAGCAUCUCCAAUGGUUACUUUGAAUUGUUUGCAGAAAGUGUGGCUGGAGAAAAAGAGCUUUCUUUGCUAGAAUUGCAGCACCAGAAAUGCACAGAUGGCCAUAUGCAAAGCUCUAAUUAAAGACACGGCUUGGAGAGCUGUGGGAGAUGGGGAGUUAUUGCUAGGUCACAGGCACCCUAUCUGUCUGGAUAGUUGUCAAUACACAUGAGGUGUAAGAUGCAAGGCUCCCUUCUCACACAUCCCAUCCUUUCUCCUCCAGGAGAGCAGAGGCUCUCCUGACUGGUAAGAUCGGAAGAAGAAAUAGCACCCAACUUGAUUCUUUCCUAUAUUUCUCUUUCUGUUCUCCUGCCUACAGAAAGCAACCUCUGUGCCUUUUGGUGCUGCAGGGCUUUACCUGGACUGGGCCUUACGGGGAAAAGUUGUGUGAGUAGCACUCUUUGUGGCCAGGCAAGUCAGUCCACCCAGUAUUGGAAUACUACACUAGGAAGCCCUUUCUUGCCACUCAUGUAUAUCUUGCUGCUUCAGGAGAGAGAAACCUUUACCAUUUCCACUGCCUAUCUCUGAUUAUUUUAGUUUUUCGGACUAUGGAAGAAGAAAGGAAUGCCUUUAACUGAGGCCUCUAAACUCUAGCACCAAGUAUAGAAAGAAAACUAAAGACAUGACUCAGGAUGACAGAGCUGGGUCAAGGCUCAUCCAGCAGAAUAGUCCAUGAGAUCAUGAGCUAAUUAUUGAGUUUCCUCAAAGUGCCAGACACUAUAGUUGCCCAGACACAGUCUGAGUGGGGCUAGUGCUCGUGGCUAGCAUCACUAAUGCUAGAAGCUCAUGUCUCAGGGAAGCAACAAAGAGCACAUUGGACUGGAGAGAGUUGGGGGAAUCUAGAAUAAGCACAUCUUUUUCUAUACCUACUAGGCAUUUCCUCUUCUGGUAGCCACACCUGCUUUUCUUUGGGAUGCUGCUUUGUUAGAGCAUGGUAUGUUCCUCUUGCCUUUCUUUAGGGAUGGUGUUCAGACCAAAGAUUUGCAAUUAUGAGACACUAGGGCACAAUAGAGAAGGAAAAGCUUUUAACUUUUGACUACUGGAAAGAUGAGUGUAAAUUCGAGGGCUCUUGCAGCCUUCUUGCUACCAAGAGGAAGUUUGGCUCAGUAUGUAUCAAAAUGAAACCAACCAGAGGAGGAAGAGUAAGUGGUGGGUACAACACCCACAUCUGCUCAUACCAGAAACUCUCUACCUUUUGAUGCUCAAGCUAGGAACUGUAAUUCUCACACCCAAAGUGAUGGUAUUAGGAGGUGUAACAUUGGGAUUUUAUUAUUCCAUGAAGGUAGUAUUCUCAGGAUUAAAAGAGAUUCCAGAGAGCUAGUGAGUUGUCCCCCAUUACACUGUGAGAGGAAGCAGAAAGAGGCUUUGUCUGUGAACCAGGAGGUGGGUUCUCAUCAGACAUGAGUCUGCUUGUACCUUGAUUAGCUGCCAGAGUCAGGAAGACUAAUUUUCUAUUAUUUACAAGCUACUCAGAACACUGUAUUUUACUAACAGUCCAAAUAGACAAGAUACUUAAAUAAUUUAAUAAAGAAGUUAAACAGAGACUAUAAUCUAGUAUGCACCCAUUUGUUCUUUCUUUCAAUUGCACAAAUAUUCAUUAAUAUACCGGGGUCUGUGCUGGUUCCUGGCACAGAGAGUUGAAUAAAAAUAUCAUUUUGCCCUCAGAAACUCACAUAUUUGUCAGAGAGAAAGACAGAUGAGCAAGGAUCCCUGAUGGGGAACCUCCUUUAGCUAACGGCCUUUGAUAGGCUGGACCAGGUUGGGUGUGGCCUUGGGUACCAAAAACGUGUGGGUCUUCCCCCUCCUCCUCUCUCUUACCUAGAUGCUGGGUUUGGUUACUGUUCCUGAUUCAUACAGAGGCCUGUGAUCUGUGAGUUUCCCCUAAAUAAAGAACCC